AUUAAAUUAAGAAAAAAACAUAAUAGAAACAACAUUUUCAUUAUUAAUGGGACAAUAUUUGUAUUUUAAGUCGUUAUAAUGUCAAUAUAUUUAUUUCUAUAUGUUGAUCAUUAACUUAUAUUUCCUUGUUGAAAUGUGAUUCCCUUAUGUCCGGGUUUAGAGUAUCACUAAAUACAAUUUCAGGAUGCCUUUUAUUGUCAUUUUGACAGUAUGGGUGUUGACAGUUGGUGCUGUUAUAUCAGAAUCUACAGAUCUACAUUGUGAUGGGGAUAGGAUUGUAGAGCUACAGGAAGACCAUGGGCUUAUCAGUUCAACACAAGCUAACCUCACCAACACCCAUCUCUGCCAGCUGUGGAGAAUACAGGCACCAUAUGGAAGCAGUAUUACUAUAAGGAUUCAACACUUCUUUGGGAAGAGCGCCUGCGAGUCUGGCUACAACCUUUACCUAGGACCAAUGCCAGAGUACUUUGUGUGUAACCAGUCUGCAGGGUUUGACCACACUAGCACUCCAAUCUUGUACCAGUCUAUCCGUGAUCAUGUCUGGGUCCGGUAUACAAGGGACAACAAGACUGACCAUAUUGCUCCAUCCUUUAACUUGGAAUUUGUCACAAGUGAGAGUGAGAAGUGUCAGUACCGAUGUUCAGACGGUGCAUGCUACAUGGAGGCCUGGAGGUGUAACUACAUCGCAGAGUGCAGGGACAUGGAAGAUGAGCUCAAUUGUGACCUGCCUUAUUCCACAGCCACAGAGAAGCCUGUUGGUGGGCUUUUCAAUGUUAUUAGUCCACAGACCCUGCCUCCCCAGCAUGGCUACCAGGUGUGUGUGAAGUGUUUUAUCUUAAAGAUCCAACGUUACACAUGCGUCCCCACGGCCAUGUUGUGUGAUGGAAAUAUUGACUGCAUCAACGAGGCCGAUGAACACAACAACUGUGAUCACCAGUGUGGUUAUGGGGAGAUCUACUGUUACCAACCAGGACUACGAAAAUACAGCUGUCUUCACAACACACUAAAAUGUGAUGGGCACGCAGACUGUAAACACCAGGAGGAUGAAGACCCUAGUAUCUGCUCAUCAAGCUUGUGUAACCGUCGUCUAGAGGAAAGAAUCGGCUGGUUUUCCUCCCCUCACUUUCCAGAUCGAUAUCUGCCCAACUCCAACUGCUCAUGGGUCAUCCACCAGCUGGGAGCUCCAAUGAGCUCUAAAAUCCAGUUGCGAAAAGUGAUGUUUGACCUUGACAUGUCUGACCACACAUCAGUGACUAUCUACGAUGGGCCGGACUUUACCUACGAUGAGAUAGGAACGUUCACAAGCCAGGUUCCCCCACCCGCUGUCAUCGUUAGCACAUCCUCAUGGCUUAACAUUGUGUUCAAAUCUGGAAACCUUCCAUUACUCGCCAAAGGAUUUAAUUUCACCUAUCAGAUGAAAGGGACAUGCCUGCCAACCCAGCACGAAUGUUUCGGGGAAAGUGAGUGUUACGACCAGGCCCACCAACAUUGUAAUGGCGUGUGGGACUGUCCUCUCAAGGGUUCUGAUGAACUGGACUGUGACACAUGCAAACCUGAUUAUUAUUUCUGUGGAAUCAUCAGUCAGUGCUACCACCCCUCUGAAAGAUGUAACGGAAUAGCCAAGUGCCAAAACUAUGCGGAUGAAAACAACUGUUCUCCAACCCAGUGUGGUAGUCAGAAUGGCACGUUCCUGUGCCGGAAUGGUCGAUGUAUCUACCAGAACUGGACAUGUGAUCACCAUGAUGACUGCGGAGAUGGCAGCGAUGAAGAGGAGUGUCCGCGUGUGGUAACAACCAAGCGGGUGAUAAUUGCAGCCAUCUGUGGGUCCAUGAUCUGUGCACUGUUACUAGUGAUCCUAGUGGGCUGUUCCUGCAAGCUGUACUCUCUCCGAGCCAUUGACAUCUCCCCCCAUCACAGGAUAGAAAAUCCCAUGGGACGACUAUACGCCGAGCUUGUGAGACGACGUGCCCCACCUCCCUACCAUGAGGCAAUGUUGACCUCAAGGAAUUUUGACGAGGUGCAACAAGAAUAUUUAGAUCAGCUGAGAAAUUCUAGUAGAAGAUCCAGACGAAGUGGUAGAGGAAAUAGAAGAAGGUCUAGGAACCAGCCAACUAGAGAUAAUCCAGAUGCUGGCUUAGUGGACCAAAAUGAUGCAGAUAGCAAUAACAAUGGGGAUAGAAAUGGCAACCAUAUUAUUCAUGAAAAUGGCCCACAGCUGAUUGUGAUUGAUGAGGAAAAUCUGAAUGAGAAUAAUAUAGAUGUUACAGACUCUUCGUCUACAACUCACUUACUGCCCUCUGAAAGUGAAUCUGACUCAUCUGACACUGAAAAUGACCUUGAUGUUGAUAACGGUAUUCAAGGUCAAGGUUACUCUGCUGAAGGGCAUGAAAUGGUGGAAAUGAAUGACACAAAUGCUGCUGUUGAUGAUGACGAUGAGAAUAUUUUAGUGAGUGAGAGGUUAUCAGCACAGUGGGAGAGAGUGAGUGAGAGUGAGGAAGAAUCAGAUGAUGUUUGUAUACUUGGAGAUCCUUUACAUAGAAAUGAACUUGACAGGGGUCUAAGGCACCAAAGUCACUGUGAUAAUGCCAGUUUAGACACUGAUGCUAGUGCUUCCAUAACGAGUGGGGAAAACCAAGAUGGCUCACCGACAGACCUGAUGGUGAAAGACAGCAGUGAUGAUGAUGACGAUGAUUCCUCGGACUCUGAUAAUGAUGACCAUGACAAUUCCAGGAAUUCGACUCCUAAACCAGACACUCGUCACACAAAUCCCCUUAUAUCUGUCCCUUCUGGAUCAAUGCUGAUGAGGAAUAUCUCACGCAACUCCUUGGAUUCCAUUGGUUCCGAGACAUUCAGUGAAAAUGAUGUCCCUAUGCAGCCAAUGGACCAAACUUCUCACUCUUAGAAUCACUGUUUUCUGUUUACUGGUUAGGGAC